UGAUGCUCGCGCGCAUGCAUGCAUGCAUGCAUGCAUGCCCCCCCUGCGUAGGUCUCCCCCUCCCGGCCGGCCGCCUGCUGCGGGGAGUGAAUUCCCUUCAAGGCGUUUGGUUUCGCGACGGAGCUCUUGGUUGGUUGGGGCGCUUCAAUGCUGGCCAUUCAUGGAGGGCGGGGCUGCUGCUGCCAUGGAGUUGUCGCCCGCUUGGGGUUCACCUGCCGCCGUUGCUGCGCCGUCCGAUCACCACCCCCAUGAUCAUUCAUUCAUUCGACUCCCUCUCUUGACCUCUCUCUCUCCCUCUGCCAUUCAUGCAUGCAUGAUAACUUUUCCUCUUGGUUCUAGGCUUUGCAUGAAACGGAGGAGUCAAGAACGCACCAGGCUCGUCACAUUCCUCUUGCUGCCGUCAGCUGUUCUGUUUCUCUCUCUCUUUCCCUGUCUCCCCCCAUCUAUCUCCACUCCAUAGCUUCUGCCAUCCAUUUGCCGCUCCCAUUAUUUCUUUUUUCUAGUUUGUAGCCGCAGCAGAGGAUGAUGAUUGGUUCGGGUAUUGACUUCUGUCUAAUGGUGUUUAGCCUUCAAUGAACAUUGAAUUUAAUCUCUCAGUUUUUUUA